AUGCCUAAAUCAAAAGAAUUUAUCGAUAAUUCGGAUUCCGACGAACAAAAGAAUUCGGUUAGUGAUGAAGAAAAAGCUAAGGCUUCAACAUCGACAAAGUCGAAGAGUAAAAAUACAAAUAACAAGGAUGGUCCACCAGCUAAACGAGCUAAAUCAAAUGCUAAAGAAGAUGGCGAUGUCGUACCUUCAACAGCUGGACCUAAUGGUGAACGACUUUACGAACUUAGUAAAUUACGUUAUAUAUCGGUUAGCCAAUUCAAAGGUAAACCAUAUAUCAAUAUUCGUGAAUAUUAUGAUGAUAACGGUGUACAAAAACCUGGCAUUAGUUUAACUGUUGAUCAAUGGGAAAAAUUAAAAACACUUGUUAGUCAAGUCGAUAAAGAUUUAUAG